AUGGGUGAAGACGAGGGUAUGCACAUGUGUUUGCGCGUUUGGUUUAAAAAUGGAAUUACAAUUUGUUUUAUUGUCUUUCAGCUGUGCUGUUUUCUACUGGCCAGCAUUGGCAUCUGCUUCGCGACUUUUGGACAUGAACAUGUUCAUAUUCGAGUUCAUAUACCCGAAGAACAUCAUUCAUCAAAAGAAGUAGUGGUGCAUGAAGAACAUCAUCAUGAUGAUCACGGUCACGGGGGUGGUGGAGGAGGCUACGGCGGCGGUCACGGCGGCGGUCAUGGCGGAGGUCACGGUGGCGGCCACGGUCAUGGAGGAGGAAGUUUCGCUGACCACUUGCACGGUGGAUUCGUGGAUCAUCUGAAGGGUCAUGGCGGAGGAUUCGGUGGCGGUCACGGAGGAGGAUUUGGUGGCGGUCAUGGAGGAGGAUUUGGUGGCGGUCAUGGCGGUCACGACUUCGGUGGUGGUCAUGGCGGUCACGAUUUCGGAGGUGGUCAUGGCGGCUACGAUUUCGGAGGUGGUCACGGUGGAGGUUUCGGAGGUGACCAUGGCCACAGUAUUUCAAUAAGUGGAGGAGGUGGUGGACAUGGAGGACAUGACUUUGGAGGUCACGGAGGUUCAGGCGGACACGAUUUCGGAGGUGGUCACGGGGGAUUGGAGUUAGGUGGCGGACAUGGGGGAAUAGAGUUAGGCGGUGGACAUGGGGGUUAUGAUUUAGGUGGUCACGGAGGUCAUGGGGGCGGUUCUGACUUUGGGGGUCACGGCGGAGGUUUCGGCGGUGGUUUUGGAGGAGGUCACGGUGGGGGAGACGACCAUGGCAGUUUCGGCGGUGGACUAGGAGGUGGUGAUCAUGGUGGACAUGACUUCGGUGGGAGCCUAGGAGGUGGAUUCGGAGGUGGUCACGAUGAUCAUCACGGUGGCGGUGGAAGCAUCGGCGGUCACGGCGGCGGCUUAGGAGGUGGAUUCGGAGGACACGACGACCACCACGGCGGCGGUGGCGGUGACUUUUCCGGUGGAAUCGGAGGCGGCCACGGAUUUUCAUCAGGAGGCCAUGACAGUUACAGUGGCGGAUUAUCGAGUGGCGGCCAUGACAGUUACAGUCUGGGCGGUCAUGACAGUCAUGGCUCCGGAGGAUUUGGAGGUGGAUUAGGUGGACACGGUGGCCACAGUUCUGGCGGUUUCGGAGGUGGUUUUGGAGGUCAUGACAGCCAUGGAUCUGGAGGUUUUGGUGGGGGUCAUGACAGCUACAGUGGUGGUCAUAGCAGUUUUUCUGGCUCCAGCGGGCUCUCGAUCGGGGGUGGACACGGCGGCCUUGGAGGUCACGGAUUCGGAGGCGGUCACGGAGGUGACAGUUACAGCUUUGGUAGCUCCGGAGGUCACGGCCACGGGUCCGGAGGCUUCGGUGGUGACAGUUAUACGAAUGCGCUCGGCGCUGGACAUGGUGGUGGACCCUACCACAAGAGAAAAUAA